AUGCGCCGUACUCUCAUUGGCACGCCGCACUACAUGGCGCCAGAGGUUAUCCUCGGCGAAGAAAGCUAUGGAGACUCCUGUGAUGUCUGGUCGCUGGGCGUGUGCCUCUACGAGUUUGUUUGUGGGCCUCUGCCCUUUGCCAACAACCUGGAAAAUCCAAAGCAGGUUUUUCAGCAGAUCCUCAUCGCCCCGUUGUCGUUCCCAAGCCAUGUGACUAGCAGCGUCUGCAAGCAUCUGAUCAGAUGCCUCCUCCGGCGAAGUCCUGAUGCUCGAGUCGGAUGUGGCCAGCACGGCUUGAGAGAUGUGCGUGAGCAUGCCUACUUCCAAAACUUCCGCUUCGACAGGCUGCUGCACAAGCGGUUAGAGCCGCCCCUUGUGCCCAGCCCACCAAGCACGCCCAGUGAAGGGGAGGACAGCCUCACAGAAGAUUCGGAGUCCUUGGCGGCAUCGUCUGACUCCGACGACUGGGCCACUGCCUUUUGA